CUCUCCCGGAGCCGGAGCGCAGGAAGCAUGCGGUUGCACGGGGCCAUCGUGCUGCUGGCGGCACUGCUGGCCCUGGUCACGGCACAGCAGCGAGGCGGUGGCCGGAGCCGCGGUGGCGUUAAGGGCUCGGCGUGGGGUGGCCGCCCGGCGCCGUUCCGGAGCUGGGAUACAGCGCGGUACCGCCCAUGGCAGGAGGGGACGGCGCGGCAGAACGACUGCUGGAGAGGCGGCGACGUCACCUUCGACAUCAGCAACGAUGCUCCCACCCUGGUGGGCGCCAGGGCCACCUUCUCCAUCGCUCUGCGCUUCCCCGGCACGCAGACGGUGCUGCCCGACGGCCGCGUGGUGUGGAGCCAGAACUGCACCGUCAAUGGCACCCGCAUGCUACAGGGGGACCCGGUGUACCCAGAGCAGCUGGCCGAGGGCUCGGAUGGAGUCUUCCCCGACGGGCAGCCCUUUCCCCGCAGCGCCUGGGGCAAACGUGGGAGAUUUGUCUACGUGUGGUGGACGUGGGGGCGCUACUGGCAGGUGGUGGACGGAGCGACGUCGCAGCUGACGGUGGGGACAGACGGGGUGGCCCUGGGCUCCUACACCAUGGAGGUGGUGGUUUAUCACUACCGCGGCCGCCAGAGGUUCAUCCCCAUCGGCCACGCCAGCACGCAGUUCAGCAUCACCGACCAGGUGCCCAUUGCGGUGGAUGUGACACAGCUGGAGGUGGCAGCGGGGGACGGCGGGAGCUUCGUGCGCAACCGCCCCGUGGCCUUCAACGUGAGGCUGCACGACCCCAGCCAUUACCUGCGUGAUGCUGACAUCUCCUAUUCGUGGGACUUCGGGGACCAGAGCGGCACACUCAUCUCCCGCAGCCCCACCGUCACCCACACCUACCUGCAGGCUGGUUCCUUUGCUGCCCGCCUGGUGCUGCAGGCAGCCAUCCCGCUCAGCUCCUGCGGCACCUCCGCACCCCCUGUUGUGGACCCCACCACUGGGCCGGUGCCCUCCUUGGGACCCACGGCCACACAGCCUGUGGGACCCACCGGAUCCGGCACUGCCACGGCACCCAGCAACCUCACGGGAUCCGGUACUGCUGCAGCACCCGGAACCACUGCAGCACCCAGAGCCUCCGGGGCACCAGCAGAACCCACGGGGGUCUCAGUGGCUGUGCUAUCAGACAGCGCUGCCACUGAGCCCCUCCCCGACCCCGUGCUCAGCACCGCAGUGGCCGAUGCAGCAGCCGGUACAGACCCCACUGCAGACCCCCUGCCCCCCACCUCAGUGUCCUCAGGUGGUGAUGCUCCGGGCACUGUGGCCCCCACAGCAGUGGAGGGAAGCGUGGCAGCAGGUGUGGGGACAGCGGAGGAUGUGGCCGCAGCCACCCCUGGAGCCACUGCUGCGGACGUGGCUGUGGAUACAGCUGGAGCCACGGAUGGGGAUGCAGUUGGACCCACAGCUGCAGCUACAGCUGAAUCCAUAGCAGAUCCCACAGCUGGAGCCACGGAUGGGGAUGCAGUUGGAGCUACAGCUGAAUCCAUAGCAGAUCCCACAGCUGGAGCCACGGAUGGGGACGCAGUUGGACCCACAGCUGCAGCUACAGCUGAAUCCAUAGCAGAUCCCACAGCUGGAGCCACAGCUGUAUCUUCUGGCAGUGCCACAGCUGGAGCCACAGCGGAGCCGCUGCUGCUGGUGAAGCGCCAGGCGCCCGAGGCUGAGCCCACCGGCUGCGUCCUGUACCGCUAUGGCACCUUCUCCACUGAGCUCAACAUCGUCCAGGGCAUCGAGAGCGUGGCCAUCGUGCAGGUGGUGCCCGCGGCGCCCGAGGGCAGCGGGAACAGCGUGGAGCUGACGGUGACAUGCGAGGGGAGCCUUCCGGAGGAGGUGUGCACCGUGGUGGCGGACGCCGAGUGCCGCACAGCGCAGAUGCAGACGUGCUCAGCCGUGGCGCCGGCGCCGGGCUGCCAGCUGGUGCUGCGCCAGGACUUCAACCAGUCCGGCCUCUACUGCCUCAACGUCUCGUUGGCCAACGGCAACGGCUUGGCUGUGGCCAGCACCCACGUGGCUGUCGGAGGAGCAUCCCCAGCCGCCAGUGGCACCACGCUCACCGUGGGGCUGCUCUGGGCACCGCUCAUCGCCGCUGCUCUGGGCACCGCUGCCUACACCUACCGCCGUGUGAAGUACAGCCCGCUGCUGCCCACAGCCCCCACGGCCCCCCGGCCCCACAGCUGGCUGCCCCCCGGUGCUACCCUGCGUUUGCUGCUGCGCCAGGCUUUUGGGGGGGCUCCCAGUGGAGAAAGCAGCCCCCUGCUGCGUGCCAACGCUGUCUAGGGGGGGGGGGUCUGUAUCCCACCCCCCGGUACCAUGCCCCCCACCUGGCCCGAGCCCCCAGGAACCGGGGGGGAUGUGUGUACCGGCUGCUAAUAAAGACUCGGCUCAGCUGUG